UCAGUGACAUGUUGUUCGUGUGACGACUCUUUAGCCGAACCUCUGCAGUCAAGUAUAACUAGUUGCCGUGUAUUCUCUCGUCUUAUUACCGCAUGUUUAAUUGGAUUUACAGUAAACAAUUGUUAUAUUGUAAUAUUAAGACAUCGAUAGUGUUGUUAUAGAAUGGCAGAAGAUAAUUGCGAUAAUAACAAUGACAACGAUAUCAUGAGAAUAAAAUCCUUAUACAGCAACAGAUUAGGUGACAACGGUAAAAACAAAACGAAGGUCUACUGCACCAGAUGCCCGAGUCUUAUUUUGAAUCCAGGAAGUGGUAAUUAUGUGAGGGAAAAAUUUCUCCUGCCAUUAGAAAAAAUUUCAAAGGAAGAAAAGGAUGGAAAUGGAAGUAGUGAUGUCACAGAAGUAUAUGAUAAAGAAGAUAAACUUAUUGAUUGCUGGAGGAUUGAUAACAUGUUCAACUUUGAAAAUAUUGGAUUUUCAAAUACUGUUGGGUAUUUCAAGUACCUGAUAUGUGCUGAUUGUGAGUCUGGCCCUGUCGGGUGGAAUGAUCUCAGUAAAGGACAAACUUGCUAUCUUUCAUGGGACCAUAUAAGACAUUCUAAGCCAGAUGACUAAAUUUAAUUCUGAGAACUAUAUUUUAACUGUAAAAGGUAAUUAAUCUCUUGAAAUGUUGCAGGAGCAUUCUCUCUCCCUCCCCCUAUCUCUCUUGCUUUCUUGUCCUCUCUCAAGCCCUAAUACUUUUGGUAGAACUUUGGACAAAAAAAAAAAAUCAGUAACAAAAAUCAGUUGUGUUAAUCAUCCUUGACCAUAACUCCAUGUCAUAACAACCUAAUUCAAUUCAGAGAAGUGGCUGAGGUAGUGAACUACCAAAUUUCCUGGUCUCAAGUUCAGCUUGACUACUGGUAUCUUGUAUUUGUAUGCAAGACAAAUCAACAUACUUCAGUUUAUUUAGUUGUUAAAUAGCAGAUCUUGGGUCUUACCUGAGAUAAGCUGCUACUCUAUCCCAGUGAUGAUUUAACCCUCAUUUGAUUAAAUACCAGAAGACCAGAGCUAAGCACUGGACUUAUAAACCCAUACAGACUGUAGAAAACACUGUUUCUUCAACUGGGUUAUUAGAGUGGUAACUUAUAGCUGUAGUAAGUUAUGGAUAUAAGUUAUAGCUGGGGUUAAUCAUAAGGAUGUCACACUGCCACCACAUUCUUUAAAUAUCGCUUGGUAGGUAACUAAAUCAAGGAAUAUGUUUUUAUCCACAUAAAGAACUUGAAACUAGUUCCUAUUGAAAAGUAGAAUCAAUCUGAGGCAGUUGUCAAGAGUUCAAUUAUUACUACAGCUAAUGUAUAGCAAGACGCACACAAACAUCGCUUGCUUCAUUUUGUAUAUCUGAUAUAUAAAUUCAUAAUUGAAUGGUUAAUAAUAGAAAGGGCAUUCAAUUUCAAAGCUUAUUUUCCAGCUGUGUGUAUAUGUUUAAAUUUAAAAAAAAGAAAAAAAAAACCCCUCAAAAAUGAAAAACAAAAUGAUAGAUUUCUCAUCCAUGCCAAUAUGGUGCAGGGGAUGUUAAGAAAGCUAUCAAAUACAAAUCUUUAGACAGAGCAUGUAUUUCUCUUCAUUAUGUGACUCAUUUAUGCUGAAUUGAAAUCUCAACAUUUUUAAUGGCUUUAGAUAAAAAAACAAACAAAGAAACAACUUUCAAAGCCUUUUCUAGGUGAAACCUAAUGCCCCUCAUGUUGCCCAUAAUUUUGUGUCUGACAAAUGUAAAAGUAGGGACCAAAGAAAAUGUUUUGUCACUGGUUGAGAUAGUUUUAUUCCUUAUGGGGAUAGUUUUGUUUCUUGUAAGAACAAUUUUUGUAGCUUGUGGGAAUACUUUUGUCAGUUGAAGGGACAUUUAUCUCUUAUGUGGCCACUAAAAUUCUAAUGCUUUUAUAAAGGUUUCAGUUAGAGAGGAGAUAUGAAAUUUUGUAAAAUUGCAUUCUUCUGCUAAUUGAAUGUUAAGAGGUUGUUUACUGCUGUGAAAUAAACCAAGCAGAAAAGGUGAAUUAUU